AAACAUACAGCUAGUUCGGUCUGCUAGCUAGCUAUGUGCUCGGAAGGCUUUCACUACCGCUAAAGAGGGAACCAUGUCUGGCACAGGUGGAGGGAAGCGUGCCUCAGGUGGGGACAGUCCCCCUGGCCCACCUGAAAAGAAGUCCAAGAAAGAGGAGAAGACCACCACGACUCUGAUCGAGCCUAUUCGUAUUGGAGGGGUCUCUUCCACGGAAGAAAUGGACAUGAAGGUCCUCCAGUUCAAGAACAAGAAGCUCUGUGAGCGACUGGAGCAGAGGCAGGUGAUGGAGGAUGAACUGCGAGAGAAGAUUGAAAAGUUGGAGAAACGUCAGGCUACUGAUGACACCACCCUGCUCAUUGUGAACCGCUAUUGGACACGGCUUGAUGAGAACCUUCAGGUCCUGCUUCAGCGUGUGGAGCCUGAGAACCCUCCAGAGCCUGCUCCGGCCCCGUCUUCCUCGGCCCCCGAGCCAGCCGCCCCCUCUCCUGCCCUGGCUCCUGAACUCCCUCCAGUGCCUGCUCCUGAGCCAGACACAGAGCCCCCGCCGGCACCCCCUCCAGCAGAUGGGGAAGAGGUGCCUGCUCCCCCGCAGCCCCCUGCCCCAGACGAGGAGGACCGGCCACAGCUGCCUCCACAGCAGGACGGCCUGGACCAGAUGGCUACAGAAUUGCCACGGGUGGAUGGCAUCACAGCGCCCCCUCCCCCCACCCCGCUGAGCGACACUGCCAAGGGCUUCCUGGCCACGCUGGACCACUGCUGCGAGGAGGAGCUGGGCCUGCAGCUGCAGGACCGCAUGCAGUUCAGCAAGAGCGCCGUCGCCUGCGUGGUCUGCGUCUUCGACCGGCUGCACACCAACAUCGAGGACCUGUGCGCCCGCGUCCAGAAUGCAGUGUGUGAGGAUGAUAACCAGAGAGAGAUCCUGGCCCAGAACUGCUCUCUGCUGGAGGAGAACCGGAGACUGCAGGAUCUCGCCUCCUCGCUGCAGGGCAAGCACCAUAAAGUGUCCAUGGAGUAUAAUGAGCUGGUAGACAAGGUGACUGGCUCGGAGACCAAGGUGUCUGAGAUGGAGACGGCUGUAGAGGACCUGCAGUGGGACAUCGAGAAGCUGCGCAACAGAGAGCAGAAGCUCAACAAGCACCUGGCUGAGGCGCUGGAGCAGUUGAACUCGGGCUACUAUUCCACAGGAGGCUCUGGAGGGCUCCCUGGAGGUCAGAUCACCCUCAGCAUACAGAAGUUUGAGCUGCUGAACGCAGAGCUGGAGCAGAACCAGGAGCUGGCCAACAGUCGCAUGGCGGAGCUGGAGAAGCUGCAGCAGGAGCUCCAGGAGGCGGUCAGGGAGAGCGAGAUGCUCAAGAUGGACCUGCGGAACAUUCCAGAAGAAGUGGUAAAGGAGACACCGGAAUACAAGUGUUUGCAAUCACAGUUCUCUCUGCUGUACAACGAGUCUCUGAGUGUGAAGACCCAGCUGGACGAGGCCCGGGCGCUGUUGCUGACCGCCAAGAACGCUCACCUCAGGCAGAUUGAACACAUGGAGAGUGACGAGCUGUCCUUGCAGAAGAAGCUCCGCACCGAGGUCAUCCAGCUGGAGGACACGCUGGCCCAGGUGCGCAAGGAGUACGAGAUGCUGCGCAUCGAGUUCGAGCAGAACCUGGCGGCCAACGAGCAAGCAGGACCCAUCAACCGGGAGAUGCGUCACCUGAUCAGCAGCCUGCAGAACCACAACCACCAGUUGAAGGGUGACGUGCAACGCUACAAGAGGAAGCUGCGCGAGACCCAGAUGGAGAUAAACAAGCUGCGCUGCCAGAGCGGGGACUCCAGCGGCGUGCUGCUCCUGGAGGAGCCGGCGAGCGACGGCGGCGGCCUGGAGGUGAAGAAGGAGGAGGACGAGGAGCAGGAGGACGAGGAGGAGGAGCGGCGGCGCGAGCUGGAGCGCCAGCGGGCGCGGGAGCGCGAGCGCGAGGCGGAGAGGGAGCGGGAGCGCGAGAGGGAGCGCGAGCGGCAGCGCAGCGAGGAGAUCAAGAGGAAGGACUCGGACACGCUCAAGAUGCUCCGCGCCGAGCUCAAGAAGGCGCAGGAGUCCCAGAAGGAGAUGAAGCUGCUGCUGGACAUGUACAAAUCCGCCCCCAAAGAACAGCGGGACAAGGUCCAGCUAAUGGCUGCCGAGAGGAAGGCCAAAGCUGAGGUGGAAGAGCUGCGUGUCCGUGUGCGUGAGCUGGAGGAGAGGGAGAGGAAGGAGAGCAAGAAGCUGGCAGACGAGGACGCCCUGAGGAAGAUCCGGGUUGCCGAGGAGACCAUCGAACACCUGCAGAAGAAGCUCACCGCCACAAAACAGGAGGAGGAAGCCUUGCUGAGCGAGAUGGACGUGACGGGCCAGGCCUUCGAGGACAUGCAGGAGCAGAACAGUAGGCUGCUGCAGCAGCUCCGCGAGAAGGACGACGCCAACUUCAAGCUGAUGAGCGAGCGCAUCAAAUCCAACCAGAUCUACAAGCUCCUGCGCGAGGAGAAGGAGGAGCUGGCUGACCAGGUGCUCACCUUCAAGACCCAGGUGGACGCCCAGCUGCUGGUGGUACAGAAGUUGGAGGAGAAGGAGGGCAUCCUGCAGACCACAUUGGCCGCCCUGGAGAAGGAGCUGGCCAUCCGCACGCAGUCCCUGGAGCUCAACAAGAGAAAGGCGGUGGAGGCGGCCCAGCUGGCUGAGGACCUGAAGGUGCAGCUGGAGCACACGCAGAACAAGCUCAGGGAGAUCCAGGCCUCCGUGCUGGACAACCGCACCGCCCGCGAGAGGGAGAGCAGCAACCUCAAACGGGCACAGGAGGAUCUGUCCAGGCUUCGUCGCAAGCUGGAGAAGCAGAAGAAGGUCGAGAUGUACACGGACGCGGAUGAGAUCCUUCAAGAGGAGAUCAACCAAUACAAGGCGAAGCUGCGCUGUCCGUGCUGCAACACGCGCGACAAGGAGACGGUGCUCACCAAGUGUUUCCACGUCUUCUGCUACGAGUGCCUGAAGACGCGCUACGACACGCGCCAGCGCAAGUGCCCCAAGUGCAACGCCGGCUUCGGGGCCAACGACUUCCACCGCAUCUACAUCACCUAGAGGCCGUCCCGCAAGCCAGCGAGCGAGCGAAUCCACGGACUGAACCAAAGUGCGGGCGGGGGGGGGAGGAGGGGGUGGAAGCAAGCGCAACAUUAAAGAAGAAGGAAAGGAAAGAGGGAAUGAGGCAGUUACAGCAGCUUUUCCCCCCCUAUGUAAGAGUUUUGAGGGUGAUGAAAAGGGGGGAAAGAAAGGAGUGCUUGUUCUUUUUGCUCCAGUUUGUGAAGUACAGUUGGUGCUAGCGACCAAACAAUGUGAAGGCACGUGUGUGAUGAAAGUCCUUCUUGAGUGGGUGCGGUAUGUAAUAGAAAAAAAAACAAACAGUUCCAUGGACAUCCAGUAGCGUUAGUGCACCAGUGCUUGUGUCUGUAGCCAUGGUAGCCACGCUUCUGGAUCGACUGACUGGCUUUCGUCCGUCCUACAUCACCCCCCCCCCCCCUCCCCCCAUCGUUUCUCAGAUCUCAUCAUAGUUGGAUUCUUAACUUUGGAAUUGUUUUACUAUUUACAAAAUGUUUUCUUUUUUUCUUUUUUUUACUAGGAGUUUCUUUUAUUAUGUGAACUUGUUCUUCUCAACAUCACAAUGUACAGCACCCUCUGGCAUCAGCCUAUCAAUUCCAUGGCAGUUAUACAGUCAAUGUCCAAAUAGUUCUACAAUUUAAAAUUGCAGUUUUUGCAUAUCUGGCAACCUAUGGACUUUUUGCGGUGCAUUUACAUGUCUGUAGUUCCCAGGCUUUAAUAAUGUGAUGUGUGAGCAUGUAGUGGAAUAAUGCCUUCUGAGGUCGCCUGGAACCCCUCACCCACGACUGUGGGUUUGUUUUGGGUCAGAGGGAUUUUGGGGGGCCUGUCCAUUUUGCCAUGUCCCUUGCGUAAACCUGAGAAACCAAGGAAUGUCAGACAUGAACAAUGGAUGAAAACGGCUAUGGGUAAUAACCGCUGGCACUGGAGCUGCAGGUUCAGUGACUCCACUUAGUUGAAAAUCACCCCAUGCUGGUUUCAGAAUUUGGGUCUUUUGAAAGCACUGAUCUGCAGGAUGUUUUUUUUUUUUUUUUUCACCCAAGCUCACUGGAAACUUUUCUCCCAGACUGUAAGGCCUUACGAACUGGAUGGCGUUUAAGAGAGCUUGUUAGAGUAAUGUACUGUUGAAAGAGUGUCAAAUAGGCCUGGUCAUUGCUCAACUGUUUAUUUGCAAAACUUCAGAUCUUCAACGCAUGGAUGUUUGGCCCCUUGUAACAAUACAAAUGUUUCAGUAAUGCUAUCAUGCCACUGUUACCAAUUGAGAAACGCUAGAUGUGAUAAAAAAAAAAAAAAUUAUGUGUGGUCCUUAACCGACCAGCUGUAGUCUGUAUCUGUAUUUGUAUCCUUCUGAGAGGACCAUACGUUUCCCACUAUCUGAACAGUUGUAAUUUCAUUUCCUCCAAGACAUUUGUUUUCUGUAAAUCUAUCUGAAAGGAACAUCAUAAAAUGGGCAGACCAAC